GAAUUUUAAACCACAUCCACCUUCACAAAAUGGCUCGAACAGCAACAUUGCUGCUCUUAAUCCUGCCGGUGGCGUAUGCAAUGGUUGUAUGGCCCGUUCUAGAUCGCAACACGACGCGCUCAACAAUUGUUCGUCCUCGCAACUGGGCCGAGAAGAAUUUGGGUCAAUGGUGUCGUAAUUUCACAGUAAACGAACACACUCAAUGCCCACAGGCUUCAGCAUUCCAUCAGUUUGAUUGUUGCGGUCUCCACGAGACGGAAUGUUGUUUUGCUAUUCAGGGAUGGGUGAUUGUCAUCCUCACAAUCGUCGGGACUUGUGGUGCAAUCAUUUUGAUAUUCUCCGUACUUCUCAAGAUGAAUUUGAUUUGUCCCAUGCCGUAUACAACCAAACAGACUCCAUCUACUUAUACAGGAAUACAGGAAUAAGCUGUUGAUCUCUUUUGUUAUGCCCCCACCACCCAUUAUACGGGUUGCCUACUUUUGCUUAGAGUUUUGAAUUAUAAUUAACGGGUUUAUUAAACGGAAUUUUUUCUGCAAAAGAUGAAAUGUUUAGACUAUAGAAAGCUUUGUUUGUUUCAGAAAAUUUUUAAUAAAUUGUGAACUUUA